AUGUCCAGUUUUUCGCGCCUUAAUACAAACUUGCUGCAACUAAAGCCAGCCAAUGCUCAAAUUAAAACUACACACUUGUAUUUCGAUGGCAAGGUAAGGUCUUCUCAUGAAGAAAUUUUUUCUGUAGAUUACAAUAAGUGCUUUCAGUUAACAAAUUCCGAUGAACAUAUCUCGUAUCAAUGGUGCAAUGAUUUUACUGUUUUGGUGAUUUAUACAAUGAAGGACACCUUCUCGAGAAGCGUUAUCUAUGUUCAUUUGCCCAAACCGUUGUUAAAUAAGCAAUUCACUUCCACUGUGUUUGAAUGCAAUGGAGAUAUUAAUUAUCCAUCAUUAGGUUUUGAUCUGAUCUUGAAGGAUGGAAUAUUUGUCAAUAUAACUUUACCUUUGGACUUCAUAUUAUCAAGAAUCCACCUAAACGAAUAUCCAGACAACUGGGCGAGGGUAUUGAAUCCAUAUGACUUUUCUAUUCGCUCUCCACAAUAUCUUUUCCAUGUUGAUAAUAGGUUUAGCGUCGUGUUUUUGAAGGAUGGAGGUCUCUUGGGACUUAAGCGCGUACCAUUGGAAGUUCUUAAUGAUUUCGAACUACAACCAGUGUUAUUCAAUGACAGUUCCUACUUACAAAGUUUCACUAGAAUAUUUUCCAAAUUUGACAACCAAAACUCUGCUGUCGUUUCAGCAACGCUCCUUAACGAGAAUUUAUUGGUUACGUUAACCAAUGACGCUGCCAUAAAGAUCUGGGAUUUGAACUCUUUCCAUUUAGCAGGACAUUACGAUCUGAAUUCAAAGGGAAGACAUAUGAACUAUGGAACAGUUGGCAACUAUAUGCUUCUUUUAAACUCUCUACUGUUUGUUUACCUACCAACUGGCAAUGGAUGUUUCCAAGUACUAGAGUUAGAUUCUCUACAAAGCACUGAAAAAAUAUCAAUUAAACCAAUUAGUGCAGAAAUACCAGUGAAUUUAUCGUCUUAUUCUAUAUGGUCAUUACUGGAUAUGCAAAUAUUAUCGCAAAAUGCCGUUUCUAACUCCGAUAUUAACCUAGUUGUGUUAUGGAAGAGUAAUAUGGUCACUAAAGUGCAGCUAUUAUCUUUCCAACAACCAACGUUUGAGGAAUACACAUGGACUGACUGUAACAACACAUACUUGUCGGACUUGCUUGAUGGAGAAGACUUAAUAACUAAUGGAAGUAUGGAAAAAUCACUACUGAACCUAAAAUCUCACUACUCACAAACUACGUAUGAUGAUGCCCAGAAUAUUUUGAACAAAAAUAAUCUUGUUGUCCAAGUGAACGAUCCCCAAAACCAGGCAUACCUCACAAAUUUGGAAUCCGUACUAAAAGAGCUUCACAAGCAACGUCAGGAACCAUCGUCUGUUACAAUAUUGAACGACGAGAUAAUUCUCGUUAACAAUUUAUAUGCAUUCCACCAUUCAGCGUACAAAUUAGAGGAAAAAAUCGAAAGUAUUUUCUUUAAAAUAUUGGAGAAUAAUAAUGUAUCUUCAUCACCACUCGAAGAAUUUUUGAGUGUCUUGCAUGGAUUUUCCUCAACAAUAUCGUCAGACACUUUGACCAAAGUUUCUGAGAGAUACCUAGAUAUUGUCAAUGGGUCAAUAAAUCCUUCUUUAUCGUUGAAGGAUAAAAUUACUACUGUCUUUCAAGACUGCUUACAAAACGGGUUCCAAGCCGCAAAUUUAUCCAAAUUGCUGGAAGGAUUAAAUUCCAUCGAUGUGAUUGAUGUAUUAGAUCAAUUCUUACAUGAACAUAAUAAAGGAACUACUGAAGCUAUCAUUGAUUCAUUGAAUACCGAUGUUCUCUCCUCUACCAUUUGUAUGGAAUCCAUUACACAAUAUCUGUCAGUGUUCGACAAGUUUAUCAUUGAUAUAUUACUCAUUUUCACCAUAUUAGAUAUCGAUUUUGAUACUUUUGAGGGCAGAUUAACAGAAUUGAUAAAUCUUCAUUUCAAUAUAUCUAUGUGGUUACAAAUCUCUCAAAUUGAUAAAAUACUAGCAAUUUCAGAAACCUUCAAACACACAUCAAAGUAUGGGUACGGAAUCAGACUAAGAUCAAAUAGCGACUUGACAAAUUUCACGAACAAAAUGUUCGAGUUUGUAAAGACAAGGGUAUCAGACGAGCCUCCUCUUUUAAUAAGAGCAUUCAAUGAUUUCAUUCUAAAUGGUCAAAAUAUGUCAUUAGCAAAGCAAUUCCUACAUUUCGUUAUCAAGCCAUAUCACAUUUCUAAAAAGGUGAAUGAUGAAUUUCUCUAUGCACUUUCGCUUCUUAAAUGCGAGGAAAACGAUGCUUCGUUAGACAUUUUCUUGUCCAACAACUUCUGUCAAGAUUUGAGUUUACCAUCAUACCUGAAUGUGUCUGAAAACCAUCCAUGGUUCAAUCUUUUCCAGACAAUUCAAAACAGCAAUGAGGCAGAGUACUUUUAUCAACUUUCAAUUUUAUACUCAAAAAUGUCCUCAUACUCAAAUGCAUUAAAAACAAUCAAAAAGUCAAUUUCACUAGGUGGCUCUUCUAAGGACCAACUUGUGCAAUAUAUUGACAUAUUAAUUGUGUUCGGAGACUAUAAAGAAAUUCUUGAUGUAUUACGUUUGGAACAGAAGACUCUAGAUGUUGCAUCGAGAGAAAAAUACUAUCACAAACUGUUGACAGACCAAAAGUGUUCAGACCUGUUCACAGCUACCCUAUUCCAGCAAUGCUCUGUGGCCAAUAUAAAAAAUGACUCCAUAUUUUUAUCAGUUGAAGACAACAAAAUCAUCGCAUCCGUCUUAACUUCACUUGUUGAUUUAUCAGAUUGGACGACCUUCAAGAAGCUAUUUUCUUACAGGAUUUUGACCCAACAUGAGAGGAAGGCAUGUGAGGUGCUGUUCGACUACGUAUUAUUGGGGUCUGAUCCAACUGUAAAGCAGAGGUGCUUGUUGUUAAUCUCAAAUGUAUUGAAAACCUUUACUGAUGUGAAAGACCGUUGGUUUGUCAAUUCCAACGGGCAAAUUAUCCACCUUUACGAAAUAACAGAUAAACUAAGUAAAUAUAAUUAA